ACGGCGGCGUAUAAAUAAGACACAGAAGGUGCUGCAUAACGAAUCAAAAACUCAAAAUGAAAAAAUGAAACGUUUAUUGGGUUGCAUCAUUUUUCUGGCCUUUGUUUGCAGUGCUUAUUCAUUCUCAUUGCCAAACGGUGAAUCACGUUUAAAGAGGUGCAUGACGGCUCAAGAUGGAUCUUGCAUCAUUGGUAGAAACCCGCCUCAUUGUGACCAUCCUAAUUGCAUAAAUGGGGGUUGUGUUGGAUGGAAGGGUGCUUGUGCUGGUAUAUGCUACUGUUACGGGUCGGGGUAUGAGUACAGAUGCAGAUUGCGUUAUUGUGACGUGGUUGGAUAAAAAUACCGAGAAAUGACUUUAUACAUGUAUUAUGUAUUUAUGUCAAUAAAUAUUGCAACUUUCAAA